AUGGAAGCGCCAUACGCCGACGCCGCGGUGCAGCCGGGCUUCACGCACGCGUUCGUCCAGUCCUUCUUCGUCAUCCUUGCCACCGAGAUCGGUGCGGUCCACACCGCGCAGGCCCUCCCGCGCCCGCGUGCCACAGCUGCUGACCGCGCCGCCACCGCGCCAGGCGACAAGACCUUCUUCAUCGCCGCCAUUAUGGCGAUGCGUCACUCGCGGCUCACGGUCUGGACGGGCGCCGUCGGCGCGCUCGUCGUGAUGACGAGCACUCUCGCGCCGCGCCCGCCCGCCCCGCGGACGCCACCGCCCCGCCCCGCACCCCGCCGCCGCGCGCAGGCCUACACGCACUAUGCCGCCGUGCUGCUCUUCCUCUUUUUCGGCGUGCGCAUGCUGCGCGAGGCGAAGGACGCGGGCGAGGGCGCCUCGGACGAGCUUGAGGAGGUGGAGCUGGAGCUGGCGAAGAAGGACGACGUCGAGACGGUGCUGCUGCAGGCCUUCACGUUGACAUUCUUGGCGGAGUGGGGGGACCGGUCGCAGAUCGCGACGAUCGCGCUGGGCGCCGCCGAGGAGCCGGUCGGCGUCACGCUCGGCGCGAUCAUCGGCCACUCGCUCUGCACUGGUCUCGCCGUCGUCGGCGGGAAGAUGCUCGCAUCGCGGAUCUCGGAGCGGAUGGUGCUCGGCAUCGGCGGCGGCCUCUUUCUCCUCUUCGCCGCCAUCUCGCUGCUGCAGGGCCCAGACGCGUAG